AUGUUUAACUGCGAGAUAUGUGAAAAAGUAUACGUACAUAAACGCGCUCUGAACAGACACGUUAAAACUCAUGAUGGAUCGACGAAUUCGUGUGGGAUAUGUCUCAAGGUGUUCAGUCGGUGGUCCAACCUCAGUAUCCACGUUCAAAAUCACCAUACGAUCGCUAAAAACACACACGAAUUCCGUGACGCUGUACGAGUAGGUGGUGCAAUGGGUCGCACAUCAGUCAUAAAGUGGGCACCCCCAGUCACUUCACCGCAUGCUCGGCCAGAUGUUCUGACUCCGACGGUCAUCUCGUCACGCCGUUGUCGUGCGGACAUACCUACCCCCCAACCUCAAGCCUCAUCAUCGUCAUUGUCCAGCCGCACACCGGAGACGGUUUCACCGCCACCCGCACAGGCUAUCGUCGACGAACCCAACGCAAGAUCCCCCGCGACCGCCGCACUACCGCUUUCGCUUUCACCACCGCCAACCGGGGAAUUUGUUGCUCAUACAGAAAGUUCUAGGAAAAAUAUCAAACGAAAAAAUGUUCGCAUGCAAAAGGUUAAUACGCCCGGCUUUAUUGAGAUCGAGUCGUCGCUUAACCGCACGAUCGUGUGGUAUUUUAGGAAAAAUGUCGAUAACGUGUCCAGUUACCGAGCGUUCCUCAACUCGAUAGAGUCCGAAUUAGUCGCGAAAUUACGCGAGUGCGGGCGUAUUAAUCCGAUCAAAUACAACCUGAAAUUAGAGGCCACAUACGUCGUACCAAAUUUACACAAUUCAGCUCAAAACCGUGUGUUUAAAACUUCGGCCCGUGAAUUAUACGUGCACAGUAAUGUCGAACGUUUGGUCGAUCGCGAUUUCUCAACGCUCCUUGCCGAAGAGGAUUGUUACGCCGGAAAGUAUAGUGGUUUUUCCUUAUCGUGUAUCGACGGACUGCUCUUGGGUGUGUACGAAUAUACGCCUAUGGGGGGAUCGUCGUACUUACCGUUGCCGGAGAGUAUUUUGAAUCGGAAAGCAGUCAUCAACCCUAAAAAUAUCGACCGGCAAUGCUUCAAGUGGGCGAUCCUCGCCAAACACGUGUCACAUGACAAUCGCACACGAGUAGGUGCAAAUUAUUCGAGGGAAGAACACCGCUACGACUUUUCUGCACUAUCAACCCCCACCCCCGUGUCGGAGUUAAUGUUAUUUGAAAAGUCAAAUCCCGGGACGAGCGUCAAUUUAUACGGCGUAAGAAAAUGUGAGAAAAAUAAAAAAAAUAAAAAAUCGACCACCCAAUCUGUCGCAUCCCCGCUGCGCGUCGUAGACGAAGAAAAGGAAAAUCAUUUCGACCUCCUCCUAAUCACCGGGAAGGAUGAAGAUAAUCAUUACACGUUUAUAUCGAAUUUUUCGCGACUAGCCAGCCCACAAAAAAAUAAUCACCAGCAUGGAUUAUUUUACUGUAAGCGAUGCUUCGCCAGUUUCGAGGACCGCCCAUUAAAAUAUAAACUGCACGGUGAGCAGGCGUUGGAAAAUCAUCGCUUGUUGUGCGGUGCACACAAACCGGUUGUUCCUCUUAUGCCGAAAGAGGGGGAUACGCUUAAAUUCGAGGCGUGGCAUAAAACGGAGCGCUUGCCGUUCGUGGUAUACGCUGACUUUGAAGCCCUACUACUGAAAACGGGGCGAAAACAAGGUGAAAAUACCACCGCGAUACACGAACAUCAUCCAAUGAGCUACGGGUACCAUGUUGUCGCGGCGGAGGGGGUGCCGAUAGAGUUGCUAGACCAGUUCGACAUACCACGAGCUCCGGUCAUUUUCCGUGGUUCAGCUACUCAGGACGAUGUUGCCAAACGCUUUGUCAGCGACGUACUCGGUGUGGCCGAAAAGAUAGCCAGAUUAUAUAAGGAAGUAAAUGUACCGAUUAUUAUGAGUGUUGAGGAUUGUCACGUGCAUGCCGUCAAGACAAUGUGUGACUUGUGCAGCUGCACGUUUAGUGAACGCAAUUGUAAAACUGCACACCACGACCACUUGUCGGGACGUUUUCUAAAAACAUUGUGCAACACGUGCAACCUCAAAUUAAAAACACCUAAUUUUGUACCAUGCUUCCUACAUAAUCUGUCCAACUAUGACGCGCAUUUUAUCGUGACAAAUUUGGCGAACGACGACGACAACAAUAACCGAAUAUCGGUAAUAGCGAACACCGAGGAGAAAUAUAUCUCAUUCUCGAGGUAUAUUAACAACUCGUUCUCCGUCAGGUUCAUAGACACGUGCCGGUUCAUGGCGUCGAGCUUGGCACACUUGGCGGAGAACCUCACCACCGCAAAUUUUGAUAAGUUUCGCGAAGUCUCGAAAGUGUUCGGCCCGUCGGAGAUGCAGUUGGUCACGCGGAAAGGCGUAUAUCCGUAUGAAUAUACAGAUUCGUGGGAUAAAUUGGACGCUACGUCGCUGCCGGAUAAGUUCCAAUUCUACAGCGCGUUGACGGAGACGCACGUGAGCGACGAGGAUUAUAGUCACGCGACCAGAGUCUGGAAUCAUUUCGGCUGCACCUCACUCGGCGCUUAUAGCGAUUUAUACCUUAAAGUCGACGUGAUGUUAAGCGCCGACGUGUUCGAGAAUUUCAGGGAUAUAUGUAUGGCCACAUAUCACCUGGAUCCUGCACAUUACUACACGUCGCCCGGAUUCAGUUUCGACUGUAUGUUGAAACUUACGAAAGCUAGCAAGCGUCACGCGCGUGCCAACAAUCCCGAGACGCCCGGAUACAAUGCGGAAGAACCCAACACGUCGCUCAUAUACCUAGAUGCAAACAAUUUGUACGGGUACGCGAUGUGUCAGUAUAUGCCGAUUGGGGAUUUCGUAUGGUACGCGGGAAAUCCAGAGGUCGCGCUGGCUCAGUUAGAGUGGAUGCGCGCGACAGACGAUGUGGGUAGAUUUUUCGAGGUGGAUAUAAUAUAUCCGCAGGAUCUACACGACGCCCACAACGAUAUGCCGUUCCUGCCUCACGCUAGCAUACCACAAGGGUCCUCUGUGCGAAAGUUGAUGGUUACUUUUCUGCGGAAAGAACGCUACGUGGUUCAUUAUAUGAAUUUAAAACAGGCCAUGGCCCACGGUGUCGUAGUCGAAAAAACGCACAGAGUAUUAGAAUUUCGCCAAUCACCAUGGCUGGCUCCGUACAUAAAUCUGAACACGGAAUUGCGGAAGCAGGCGAAAAACAAAUUCGAAGAAAAGUUUUUCAAAGAUUUAAAUAAUUCAGUGUACGGGAAAACUUUCGAGAAUAUGCGCCUAAGAUUUGAUUUGGAGCUUGUAUCGUGUCCAGUCAGAAUGCGGAAGCUGAUAAACCGCCCGACGUUCAAGUACUGCACGACUUACAAUGAAAAUCUUUCGGUCGUCACGCAGCACAAUAAAGAAGUCAAUUUUUGUAAGCCGAUAUACAUAGGAUUUGCUGUACUGGAACUGAGUAAAGUUUUAAUGUAUGGAUUUCAUUAUGACGUUAUGAAACGACAUUAUGGAGAUAAGAUCGAGCUGCUUUAUACCGAUACUGAUUCACUAUUCUACCGCGUGAUGACCAACGAUUUCUUCGCCGAUUUGAUCAACAAUCCAAAUCUGAUGCGGUUUAUGGACACCUCAAAUUUCGCAAACGAUCACAAGUGCUAUACAGCUACUCGGAAGCGCAUUCCAGGACUUUUUAAAUUCGAGUGUGGCUCCAGGACGGUCUACGAAUUUGUAGCUUUGCGCGCCAAGUCUUAUGCGUACGACGUGGAAGAGGAGGUCACAAUUCGCGCGAAGGGUGUUAUGAGACACGUUAUUAGAAAUCACCUAACUUUCGCCGAGCAUAAGAGGUGUUUGUUUGCCGACGUAGACGAAGACGCGGAAUCCGACGAGUGCGACGCAAAUAUGGGGAAAAUGAUCGCAGCCGACUCCGCGCUGAAAGCUGUAGCACAAAUUCAUCGGAACGCCUCAACGUCUGCAACAAAUUCACCGUCGACCACACAUCCGUCACACUGUUAUAGCUAUAUGCCUUUUACACCGUAUAGAGAAAAUGUCUCUAUACGGUCGUUUAAACACGAAAUGCGUACGAUUAGGACUAUGAAAUUAGUUUUAAACAGGGCUGACGAUAAGCGUCAUGUCUUACCGGACAACAUUUCGACAUACGCGCACGGUCAUCACCGCAUAAAUUAUUAA